AUGAAAUUAUUUCAAUAUGAUAUUAUUGUUAAAAUUAUUGAAAAUGAUUCAUUUUUAGAAAAAACUUUAAAUAAAAUUCAUUUUUCUUUUUUAAAACGACAUCAACAUCUAUCAGAACAAUUUGAUAUAUUUCAAAAUAAAAUACCAUUAUCAAAUCUAAUUAGUUUACCUUGUAAUUGUUAUUAUAUUGAUGGAACACAAAAUGGUCUUACUUAUUUAAUUCAAUCAUUUCCAAUUGUUCGUGGACGAACUUAUGAUAUUAGUUUUUGGUUACAAAAUAAUAGAAAUGGGCCUAAUUUAGCUGAUGUUCUUGUUGAUUCUUAA